AUGCCGCUGCAGCUGGCCUUUCAGGAGGCAGAGGCGCUCGACCACCCCGCUGCUGGUGACGCCGACGUCGGCAUCGCUGUGCAUCCGCCGCACGCCCACGGCAAGAAGACGUCCUCCUUCUUCAACCCUUUCGCCAAGCUGGGGCCGUCGGGCACGGCCGGGCUGGGAGCCGCGGCGGGCGCGGGCGUUGGCGGCCAGGUCAUGUUCAGGAUGUGCAUCAAGAAGUGCAAGGCGCCUCCUGCAUGCAUCGGCGUCAAGAACUGCGUGAUCAGCUGCGGCAACAAGUCGCACAUGGUCGGCGCGGCGGCCGCUGGUGCGGGAUCCCUUCUGGGCAACUUCGCAGGGAAGAAGGCGCAGGGCGGCGACAUGGGUCUGGACGAGUACACGGCAGGUCCCAUCUUCGCGCAGUGGAAGCGCGUCGAGGACGAAGAGCGGCGGUCCAGGACUGCACGAGGCGCGGACAGAUUCUCGGACUUUUGCAAGUUCUUGUGCGUCGACGACGAGGGCAGAAGGAGUGGAGAGGAGGCGACCAUGCUGGCGUGA